AAUUAUUAAUCGAUUAUCCUAAAGAAUUUACUACCUUAUAUGGAAGAAAUUAAUUACUUUUAAUACUUCAUUUCUUAUUACGAAUAAGUUACAUUUUUAUUCUAAUGUUUAUUUAAAAAUUUGCGCAAACUAAUACACAAAAAAUUUGAGUUGAAUAUUUUUUAUAAUGACAGUAUCUCAAUAAAUAUAUAUACCAGUUGAUUGUAUUUGUAAGAGUGAAUUUUAAAAUUCACAAAGUAAAUAAAAAAAUUCUAUGGCCGCUUUGAAGUCGUAUAAUAAUGAGGAAGAUAUAAAUUUGGAAUCUGAAUCGGAAGCUAGUAGCAUUUAUCAAUGCGGGUCAGUUUUUUCAACAAUACCUGAUAGACAUGGAUUUUUAGGAGGUUCGCAAUAUAGCCCUGAAAGGAAACAAGCAAUACCAUCUGUGAUAAUUUUAAGAAGAGAAAAAAAAUGGAUUUUCAUGUUAAACAAUUGGAAUUCCUUUAUGAAACAUAACUAUCGUAAAGUUAGAGAAAGAUGUAGGAAAGGUAUACCCCCGUCUGUAAGACUCAGAGCCUGGUUAAAUUUAUGUGGUGGUCAGUCGUUGAUGAACGACAAUCCCCGUUUGUAUGAUGAGUUGAUAAAACGAACUGGAGAUCCGAAGUAUCUGGAAGAUAUAAAAAAAGAUCUCCAUCGUCAAUUUCCACACCAUGAAAUGUUUGUGGAUAAUGCUCCGGGACAACAAGAAUUGUUUCAAGUCCUGAAAGCGUAUUCUAUUCUGAACAGUAAAGUAGGAUAUUGUCAAGCACAAGCACCAAUUGCAGCAUUUCUUCUGAUGCAUAUGCCUGCAGUUCAAGCUUUUUGGUGUCUUGUUGCUGUGUGUGAUAAAUAUUUAGUUGGAUAUUAUAAUCAAGGAAUGGAAACGCUUCAACGUGACGGUGACAUUCUAUUCGCUCUGUUAAAACGAGUGUCUCCCGUUGCUUAUAAACAUUUAAAAAAACAAAAAAUGGAACCAAUUUUAUAUAUGACAGAAUGGUUCUUGUGUGUCUAUACAAGAACAUUACCUUGGGAAAGUAUUCUACGUAUUUGGGACAUGUUUUUGUGUGAAGGUGUAAAAGUUAUUUUCAAAGUAGGAUUAGUUUUAUUAAAAGGAUGUCUAGGUCGUACAUCUUCAACUAAAUGCUGCCCAACAAUGUAUGAAACUUUGCAAGUCUUGAGAAAUCCUCCACAAGAAAUUAUGGAAGAAGAAAAUUUAGUUUAUCAUAUUUUGAGACUGAAUUUAAGUGAAGACGAUUUCGAAUACGAACAUCAACGACAAAGUCUUAAAAGAAAAAUAAAAGAUCAAACGACACAUAUUUCCAAUGAAACUGACUGAAAAAUGGACAUCUAUUUAGUGUUUAAACCAUAACUCAAAAUUUUUUAUUAAUGCUAACCACCGGUCUGCCAUUAUUUCAAUCAAAGCCGUAAUUUCUUUAUUCUAAAUAUGCAGGAUCCAUUUUUUUUUUAUUUAAACUCAAUAAAAAAGACAUAAUUUAAGUGUAAUUAUAACUUAAUUAAUGUUUUAUACUGUUAUUAUUGAAAAGAUAUUUAUUGAGCGAUUCGAACAUAUCUAGAGUCAUCUUUGAUUAGCUAAUGAUAGUUUAUUCUUAUAGUAGUGGACAAAAAAUUUCCUUGCUGAUUUUCCUUGAGAAAAAAAGUUAAUCGAUGAUAAUUGCCGGUGUCUAUCAUUUUGUUAUGUGUUGAAAAAAAAUUAUUACAGUCUAGUCGCGUUAUGAACCCGCCUACAGGGGUAUAAUGGAAUAUAAUUCUAAGAAUCCCUGUACCUCCGCUCAGUAGUCGACCGCCGUCACUCAAACUUCCCCUACUUUACGAGCGUGUGAGUCUGACAUGAUUUUCAUAGUCAGAGGGAAAUGUCUUCAAUAGAAAAAUAAUUCGACGGACUCAUAACGCGACUCGACUGUAUAUAUUUUUCAAUGAUUUAUGAAAGUUUAAGAAAGUAUUGUUUCGGUGAGGCUUAGGCUAAGCACGCACUGAAACCCUGAUUUUUAUUUUAUAGAAAUUUAAAAAAAUUAGUUAUCAAGUUUUGUCGGCCGUCUGGCCAGAGACAGUUAGAAAGUUUAUUCUUUAUAGAUAUUUUAUUUCAGUAAAAGUAAUAUAUUAAAUUGCAAUAAACUAAUAUUAGUUUAUAAUUGUUAAAAAUAUAUCAAAUUUUAAUACUAAGACAGCUGCACUUGCGCUCGUCUCGAGUCCUAGUAAUCAUCUAAUUAACAUUAUAUAAGUGCCUUUUUAUAGUAUUUAUAUUCAUAAAUAAAACAUAAUAAAAUACUAAUAUUUAUUAACGUCAAAUAGGAAUUAUAUAUUUUUAACUUCCCGCUAAGAAAAUCGAGUGAGUUUUGAAAAUUACUUCUCGUUUAUUAUGUAAAUAAAUUACAAGUUCGACUUGAUACUCUAGUAUUCACUUGCGUUUUUCUUCUGCUCUGAAUUCAGCACCAUAAGAAUAUUUAAGGUUUUCUGGUGGAAAUUUUUCGGACUUUUCUCUGAAAAACUGAGUUUUUAGAACAGAGUUUUUCAGAGAAAAUUACGAUAAAUUUCCACUAGGGUUGACACACACAUACGAAUACAGACAUCUCUCCAAAAAUAGACAAAGUAGUUUUCUUAGGACUUGAAAGAGUUUCAAAAAUCGGAACGAAACCAAUGACUUCUUUUAUUUUUUAGAAAUUUAUAAUUUUUAUAGCGGAAAGUUAAAAAAUCUAUUUCUUUAUAUACUCAAUAAAUAAAACUGUUUAAUAUAUCUAAUAUCACUUUAAUGAUUUUUCCACAAAUUAAAAUUUAAAACAAAAAAAAAAC